UUAGUAUUUUGGUGGCAGCAGCAACAGCAGGCGUCAAGGCAUCCAGGCAGCCGAGCAGUGGAGGCAAGUCCAAGAAAGGUGGGGACUCCUGGUUAACUUCCUGUACAAUAAUCUUGAAGCACCACCAAGACGGAGAGCUGGGGAGGCUGCUGCCGCCGCUGCUGGGGCAAGGACGAAUGGAUACACGGCUCAGUUGACUUGUUUUCUUCGGCAGUCAAUCGACAAAACAAGAGACGCUUUGCGGUUGUUUAAUACUCGCCUACCUGGCUAGUAGCUAGCUAGCAAAGCGGCUGCUGGACGAGAGAUUCCCAAUAUUCGGUCGCGAGCCGUUCCGAAGGACAGGAAUGGAGGUUGUGGUGGAGUAUGAGUAUGACGCUCUUCAUGAUGACGAGCUGACUCUGCGACCAGGAGACAUCAUUAAGAACGUGCGGUACAUCGAGGAGGAUGGCUGGAUGGAGGGAGAGCUCAAUGGGAAAAGGGGCCUCUUCCCCGACAACUUUGUUAAGGAAGUGAAAAAGGAAUCCAAAGAGGUCAAGGAAACAAAAAAUGAGCCAAAAGAAGAGACCUCUCAGCCCCAGAGGAGGGAGAAGAGUGCAGGAAAUGUGGCCAACCUGGUUCAGAGGAUGAGCACUAUUGGCAUCCCCACUGGUGGCUUCCAGCCUCAGCCACCAGCAGCUUCAAAGAAGCCUAAGAAGAGACAGUGCAAGGUGCUGUUUGACUAUCAGCCGCAGAAUGAAGAUGAACUGGAGCUGAAAGUCGGAGAGAGCAUAGAGAUAAUCGAGGAGGUUGAAGAGGGCUGGUGGAGUGGCCAAUUGAAUGGUAAAUCGGGCCUUUUUCCUUCCAACUUCGUCAAAGAGCUGGAUCCCGUGGGAGAGGACGGAGAAUCCAACGACGCCACAGCAGAUGAGACCGAUGGAAGUGGAAUGGAAAGCACGGCCACCCCCACAUCGCCUCAGUCUGCCUCAGGGAACGGUGUUAUCACUCAGCCCAAGAAGAUCCGAGGUGUCGGCUUUGGAGAUAUUUUCAGAGAAGGGUCGGUCAAACUAAGGGUCCGACUGCCCAGCUCCGAAACAGAGGAGAAGAAGGAGAAACCAAUCCCAUCAUUACCAUCUGCUGCAAAGCCUGCACAUCCCAACAUGACAGACUCACAGAGAGCAGAUGGAGACAGCAAAGUCAAAGCAAAAGAGUACUGUAAGGUCACGUUUGCCUUCGAUUCCACGCACGAGGACGAGCUGAGCCUGAAAGAAGGCGAAAUCAUCCAUGUACUGAGCAAGGACACAGGAGAGCCAGGUUGGUGGCGAGGCGAGAUCGGAGGCAGAGAGGGUGUCUUCCCUGACAACUUUGUAACCAUGGUUUCUGAAGGAGACAAAGAGGCUCCCACAUCAAGAGGGUCAGUGAAAUCAUCACUGAAGCAGGAGUCAGAAGAGAAACCGAAGAAGCCACCUCCACCAUCAAAAAGUGCAGCUCUCAAGCCGGAGCUCCCCAGUGCCGACAAGAAGCCUCAUCUCAUCCGACCAGAGGACAAAGUUGACAAGCCCACACUAGAUCACAAACCUUCCAAGCCUGCAGCUCCUGUGGUCCCCCCCAAGAAGCCCAUCCCUCCUCCAGGGAAAGGCAGAGCAGGAAGCAUCCCACCAAAAAGGCCUGAGAAGCCUCUCGCUCCUUCGCCAAACCUUAAGUACAAUGGAGAGUUGCCUUCCACACGACCAAAGUCUGACUUUGAGCCAUUAUUGCCCACCAAGCCCAAAACACUUUCCGGCGACUGGGGGGAGAAGUCCUCAGACAUUGAUCUGAUGAGUUUUGAUGAGUUGUUGUCUACCUCAGAGAAGCUCUCUCACCCCACAGCUAACAGACCAAAGAUGCCUGGCAGGAGGCUGCCCGCCCAGUUUGGUGGAGGACAUUCGCCCAGCAAGGAAGUGAGUGUUGAGAAAUCCUUCAAGAUCGACGAAGAGGACGCAGCCAAACCAAAGCUAUCAGAAACCAGAAAGCCUUCCACAACCACCUUAUCCCUCUCACCGUCACUCCGCAAGUCCACCGAGGCCAAGCCAAGCCCAACAGCAAGCCCAAGCCCAGAUGUCGGCGCUUCUCAGGGCAGCAAGACCCAAGUGGAUCCCGAAGAGCCGAGGUCUCAGCUGGAGGAGCUCAGGAGCCAGAUGAAGGAGCUACUAAUGUCUGUGGAGCUGCUCAAGACCCAGCAAAUGAAAGAGAUAGCAGAGCUACGAGGAGAGCUGGAUGAAGAAAGGCUAAAGCGCGUGGCCCUGCAGAUGGAGAUAGAGAAGCUAAAGCAGACUGUCCACUCGACGUGAAGCCCAUAAUCCAGCCAAUAGCAAGCCUCGAGGUCAGCUGCCGGCCUGUCGACCAACCGGAGGGCAGGAGGGCGGCGGUGGACGGAUAGCUAAAUGGGCAGAGAGAAGGUGGACAAUCACAUGAACCACCUGGAGCACAAUCUUAUUUUUCUCCAAUGAUCUACAAAAACAAACUCUCCCCAUAUUUGUAAGAUUUACAUUUUGCACAUAUAAUUUUUUUCAAGCUAGGUGUAAUUAAGUUACAGAUGUAUAUGUUUCCUUUUUUUUGUUUUAAAUUUUGCCAACUCAAAAAUUUUAAAAACUGAGGCCUUACUUCAAACUACUGCGCUGGACUCACAACUCUGCUACUCCUGCUCUCUCCCUUUCACUCUGGCGUUCCUCGAACUCCUCAGGAUCGAGGUUCGCUCUCAGUACUACUGACUUUGUGGAAAGCCAGGGAUGCUUGUUUUCCUCGCCUACUUUUCUUUUGUCAUAUUUUUUUAUUAUGCACAAAUAGUAGAUUUUUUUUAAAACAAAUAAGAUUGUUCAAGAUGUUUGAUUUGAGUUGACAUCUUUGGAUUUAAAUUCUUCUUCUGUUUUUCCUACAUGCCGCUUGUCAGCAGUUUUCCAUCCCGUUGACUGCAGCGCAUCAGAGAGAGCUUUCAUCAUUUUUCUUUGUCUUUUAUAUGUUUUCUAGCAUUCCUAUCCAGGGUAACACUACUGUGCCUGUAAAAAACAACAAAAAAAAUCUAUCAAAUGUUUGUAAUGGUAUCUGGAAUAUUUGCAGCAUGAUAUUGUAUAUCUAUAUUUUUAAAUCUACUGACAUGCCUAGUCAAAUAUUAUAGAGGGCCUCUUCUAUGCUGGUCUAUUCUAUUUUUGUCAGACUGUUUCGCCUGCUGGGAAUGUUCUCAGAAGCUUAGCCAGAGUUCUAGUAUGUAAAAAAAAAACAAAAAUUAUGCACAAACAAAAAAAGAAACACCUGAAAAGAAGAGAAAGGAAAGACAGAUUGCAUUCUUCCAAAAAGGCAGUCUCAUUCCGAUCAUCUCUGCAACUUGCUUUCUUCUCUUCCUUUCAACCCAACCACAGUCCCUCUCUCAAAUUGCUGUCCAUUCUACCUCCUCCUCUCUUUUCUUCACAUCUUUGACUUGAAGAGAAUCGAGAUCUGAGAGGAGCCUGGUCUUUCUGCUCAAUAAUGUGUUCUGCAUUAGCCUGCACAGCACUCAUCAGUGUAAUUAUCAUACAUGCAUCCUCUUGUCUCCAUCUCUUCCCACAUUCCAGGUACACAACUUAAGCUAACUGGAAGUAGAGCUGCAACGGUUAAUCAAUUGGCAACUAUUAAAUUAAACAUCAACUACUUUGAUAAUCCAUUAAUCAGUUUGAGUAAUUUCUUUUAGAGAAAAAAAAAUCUAAAUUCUCUGAUUCCACCUUCUUAAAUGUGAAUAUUUUAAGUUUCUUUCCUUUUCUUUGACAGUAAAUUGAAUAUAUUUGAGUUGUGGACAAUACAAGACAAUCGAGGGCAUCUUCAUCUUUCUCUGACAUUUUAUAGACCAAACAACUAAUCGAUUAAUUGCAAAAAUAGUCAGCAAUGAAAACAAUUAUCUUAACUGGAAGCACGCACUAAAGCAGACAGCACAAUAAAAUACACUCUUUUUAUUCCAAGUUAAGCCCCUGUGUGUAAAUUUUUACGUGUAUUAUAACAUUUGAAUGAUUUUGAUGGUAUCAGCUGUUUGUCGACAAUCCUGAAGAAAAUUGGUACAGUUUAUUUGUCUGCCACAGUGUCUUUUUAUCAGUGUUUGCAGCUGAUGUGGCAAUUGCUACAAACAGCUGACUGGGUGACUCACUGCUUUGGUCCAAACUAAAAUAUAUUAAUAUAGAUGGAUUAAUGGUCCUCAGAGGAUGUUUGUUUGCAUUUUCCUUUCUUCGCUGAAAUUCUCAACAUCUGUGAAAGUCAUAGGUACAAAUUUAGCAUAUUUGUAGGUAACAGGCGAUGUACCUGUGUAAAAGUUCAUUGAAAGUGCAAAAUUCAAAAGAACUUUUCCUACUUUGCAAAAAGAAAGAAGUUUUAAUUCUCACUUUUUAACAGCGUUAAUGCGCUUCUGGGGACAUACUGUUUGGAAAUGUAUCUUGUUUGGAAACAUAUUAUGGUCCAUUUGGAGUAAAACAGACUUGUGGUUAUCUUGUUGCUAACAUGUCACUCUGUGUAGUGUCUUUCAAAUCCCAAACUUGAGUCUUCAAAAUGGCUGUCUGCAAGCCAAUGGGUGGUCGAAACGUCCAUCUUUGCUAUACAGUUAAAGGUACAGCCUCACAGAACUCCUAACACGGCUAACUGCUAAUCUUCAAUUACAACACAGUCCAAAACCUUCAGAUCCUACACAUAGGGGGGGCUCCAAGUUAAAAAAUCAGUACAUGCAAAAGGUCGCUUGCUUACUGUACAUUGCCUUUUUUUGUUUUCUCAAGCAUUUUCAGCUGCACAGAACUGCUGCUACAGUUCAGGCUGCUAAUCGCUCCUUUCAUUCUGGGGUAACUGGAUCCCUGUUGCUGCCGGGGAGGUUCAGGGCUACAGAAAUGUGAAGCUUCUGCAAGUGGAACUAAUGUGGGGUUCGAGUUAUCCUCAGUCAGCUCCAACCUGUAGCCUCAAGCUCCGACUGCACAGUGCACACUUUGUGCUGAUGAACGGCUUGGCUUAUCUUUGUGCCGAGAUGCUUUUAAGAAACCAAGAGCAGCACCAAUUGUAAAUCCCUCCAGCCCUGGUCCUGCAUCACAUUAACAGCAGGGUUUUAUAUUUUCAAGUUCAAAGUUCACCAACUGUUUCACAGCUGCUACUGCGUACCCAAAAUCCUAAUACUGGCUAUUUCUUUAUAUUUUUUCUUUUAAUUAUCCUUUUACAUAUCUCACAAAUGUCUUAAAAGAAGCAUUACUUUUAAAUCAACCUCAGGCUUGAUUCUAUGUGUAACCGCAAACAUGAUGAUGUUAAAUUCUGGGCUCCAGAGUGCUUUGACCAAUUUGAUAUCUGGCUUAACUGAGCAUGGCACUUGUGGAAUGCCACUAAACAUAUUUCCUGUUAGUGCACGGCUCUUUAACAAUAUGCCUGAGCAAUGAAAUAAUCACAUAAUGGGUAAAGAGGGACCUGGGGGGACAUUUUUUGGGUGACGGCUCUUUCUGUGAUAUCUGUAAUACGGCUUGGACUUCCACAUAUUGUACAUUCCAGAAUUUGACACCAAGAAAAGAAAAUCUGUGCACAUUUAUAACAUAUUUUCAAGUGAUUUUGUUUACAAGAGCUGUAUCCUUGCAUGAGCUGAGAUUCUUUGCAAAAAAUAAAUAAAAGAAUAAAUAUCGUCUUUAUUUAC